GACUCAAUCAUAACCCUGAAUAUAUGUUCUGUGGUAAUACCACGAGAACUUGGACAACAGUCAAAAGAUAGUGUUAAUUAAUCUCAAAAAUCAAAUGAAUAUCAUCUAAUCAUCAACAAUCUAAUGUGAUUGUUGUCUUCAUAAUUAUUAACGAAGAUUUACUGAUUUUUCCCUGGCAUUCAACGAAUUACCAGGGAAAUUAGUUCGUUUGAUACCACAUAACCUCUACACCCGAAAAACAAUCACAAAUAAAAUUUCAAAAGGGAACAACAGGGAAAAGGGAUAUGGAUAUCGAGAAAGAGACUAUAGACGCCAUGAGAGCUAUGCUGGAGGAUUCUCCCCAGGUUCCUGAUGAAAAUGCGACAGGUUCGAAUCACGGGAAAAAGCACUCGAAACAAAAAAAAAGAGACUCCGCUUCCCUCUAUGGAAACGAAGUGGCAGAGAUUCUUCAAUCCUCAGCCACUCCAGAACAAAAAUUAUCAACAGUUUGUAACAAAUAUUCUGAAAUGCUUCAUGCAAAUCGUAAAUUAAUGAUGGCUUAUAAAAUGGCAGAAGUUAGAAUUUCUAAAAUGCAACAUCAGAAUGAACAAUGCCAGCAGCAACGCUCGAAAGCUAUCCUAGCAAGAUCGAGAUUAGAAAAUCUAUGUCGUGAGUUACAGAAACUUAAUAAAGCCCAGAAGGAGGAAAUUGAUUUGAAAUUGAAGCUUGACGAGGAGAAAAGGAAGGAGAUAUCUGCUACUUUUCAGAGUGCCUUUGCUGAGAUGAGUACAUUGACUAAUCAGAAUUCCGAGAAAAAUACAAAAAUGAGAGAGGAGAAUCUCGAGAUGAGGGAGAAAAUUAAAUCGGUGAGGGAGAGAAUUGAAUUGAGUGAACAGCAGUUGGAGAAGGUGAGGCAACAGGCACAAGUGAAGUUGCAGCUGGCUGAGGCUAAAAUGGCUAAAGUUAAACUGGAAAUGACUGCUGAGAAGGAGACGUUGCUGAAAGAGAAACAGCAGCUGCUGCUGAAAUUAACCGAAUACCAAGUGAGAGUACAAGAGCUCCAGGCAGUUGAAGUUGGACUGAGAAGUCAGAUCAGCAUGUACACCGAGAAGUACGAUGACUUUCAGAGUGCCCUCAUUAAAAGCAAUGAGGUUGUCAGUGGCUUCAACGAAGAAAUGCAGAAGAUGUCAAAGAAAAUUAUAGAAUGGGAGACAAAAACUACUUUGUGGAAAAAGCGAUGGGAGAAGAGUCAUGAAGCGUUACUGGAAAUGGCAACUGACAAGCAGGCACGUGAGGCAGAGAUGUCAAAGCUCACUGACAAGUACUCAAUACUCCAAGAGUUGUGCAAAGCCUUCCAACGUGAGAGAGCCGAACUUCUCUAUUUAAGUGCUCAGUGCGGCAAGGAUCCUCACAAGUAUCCAAAAAUAGCUGAAAUGGAUAUGCAAAAAGUGGCAGGAGAGGCUUUGACAAAACUCCUCGGGGAGAAUGAUACUAAGGAGGAAAUAAAUGAAUCCGAUGAAAAAUUGAAGACUCAAAUCCCCGAGGUAUCUAAUUCCCCCACAACUGAAAGUAAUAAUGACCAAGACAUUGUGGAUAAAUUAUCAGGAAUUAAGGUUAGUGACAGUGAAGCUGGGACUGAAGAGAAAUGCAAUUCACUGGGGAAUUCUCACGAUGAUAAUCAAUCAGCCUCGAAUUUACAAUGUUCCACUGACAAAUCCACAAAUUGCAUCACCACUACUGAAGAUAUACAGGGAAUUAAUGAGAGUGAGAAUUCAUUCUCGGUGGAAAAAAAUGUGCCACUUUCAGAAGUCACUGGGGAAACAUCACCUUCACCUUUGCCUUCAGCUGAUGAAACUCAGAGAAAUAAUUCUGAGGCUUCUGCACCUUCCGAUGAAACUCAGAAAACUAAUUCAGGGAAAAAACACAAGCAGGGGAAAAAAAAGAAAAGGUAGAUUUUAAUUUUCCCAAUGAUUUUGUCAUAUAUUUUUAAAAUGUUCAUUAGUGUCACCUAGAGUUACGUUGAGAUUGUUGGAGGAUUUUCAGCUGCAUCAAUUCAUCAGUUCAUCAGUCAAUCGCUAUUAAAUUAUGAUAAUGUUUAUGCGAGAAAAUAUGUAGUGAUCAUUAUUACACGUAUUUAAUUAUAGAAUUGAUAACGAUUGUAAAUUUUCAAUUUUCAAUGAAUUUAUGGAAUUACCAUGUGGUUUUUACCACUUAACUUUACUUUAAUAAAUGAUCGAAAAAAUUGUCACAUGAUGAAAGUA